AUGGCGGCUUACAAACUGGUGCUGAUUCGCCACGGAGAGAGCAGCUGGAACCAGGAGAAUCGGUUCUGCGGCUGGUUCGAUGCAGAUCUAAGCGAAACCGGAGUUAAAGAGGCGAAAAGGGGAGGACAGGCCCUGAAAGGUAAGAGGAAAACAUUACUUUUGUUUUCUCCCAACAUCCACAGAGGUAUUUCCGUGAAGCGCGCAGGGAUAAUGCGUGUCCACGGUUACAUAAUCCCCCUCUGCAUCAGUCCACAGACCUCCGCCCCCUGAUCGUGGAAGAUGUGCAAACGUGCAGAAGUGAUCCCUCUGUGUGGCUGCACCGGUACACUGUGUACAGGGCCACAGAGCGGGACAGUCAGCGAAAAAAUUCAUUUAUUUUACUUUUACAGCAAGAAAACAAGGAAAAAUCUCCUUUAAUAGGCGAUAAACAAGCCUUCAGAUACUGCAGGAGUAAACCAGACUGUGGUGUUGGUACAGCUGCAAGUGACAGUAAAUCGAUAUGAAUAAGGUGAAUCACUGCUGAAUUAAACACUUAAUGUGUUGCUUUUGUAAUUUUUCCAAACUCUGAUUAUUUGUGUCGUCCUCUCUAAUCUCAUUAUGCUGUCAUUUUGUCAUGCAGGAGUGGAAAAAGUGCUUUAAUGUUCUUCUUAAAGGGUUACUAUUAAAUUAAGUUAGAAUCAAACACACCGUAACACCGAGUUAGACACCCCUCGAGAGAUGAAUGUUGCCGACCACUUGCUUCUCUAGUUAUACCAACUUUAGUAACAACCGCACGAUAGCAAUGCACAGCGGUCUGAGGAGCCAUAAACAAACAUCAACCAAAACACCACUCUAUAGACACAAAUAAUGCUCAGAACAGCACCUAACUUCAUCAACAGGACAUAUAGGGUCCCAGCCAUAGUACUAGCCACCAAACAUCUUUUUAACUUUGACUUAUUUAUUUGGCAAAGAGACUAAACACGACUCACCUACUCUCUUCCAGCAGCCGCUUGUUUGCAGCGAGACCUCGUGUGUAUACAUUAAUACAUAUAAACCUGCCAUACUGCUAUAGCUCAAAAUAAGUGUAAUGAGAUAGUUUGAUUUGCACUGAAUCAAAUUUACUUAGUAGGAUUUGAGUUUUCAGCAUCCAAUCAUCAAUACCUUUUACUCAGUAUCUGAUCAUCUGUAAAAUAUAUGUAAGCAAAACACUCUCAGCAGAAAAUAUUUAAGUAAAAGUGAUCAAUUUUACGACUCAAAGAAAUACAAGAAAGCUGCUCUGUUAUGGUAACGUGAGUGAAUAUAAUAAGUUCCUUUCCAUCUGUAGACGCAUGAGACGGUAAAUACGAUAUCUUGGGAGUUUUGCAUGUUUGCCAGACAAAGAGACAUGAAUGUGGUUUUUGCAGAAUUUGUUGAUAUCUAUGUUUAUUUCAUUUCACAGGCUUAAGUACAAAUGAGUUAACAAAGAAGGUGUUUCGAUUCAAAGCAGGUUGAAUACUUCAACUUGUAAUUGUAGCUAGGUUAACUAUAUUCACUGUAUGUUUUGAAAAGUAUUUAAAGAAACUGGUGGUGACUUGUUUCUCACAAAAGAAACUGAAGGAAGCUGAAAGAAACCACGACAGUCUCCCAGUUACAUUUUCUUUUCAGCAGUUUUAAGUCAAACCUCUGUGUCUCUGCCUCUCAUAGAUGCUGGCUUUGAGUUUGACAUUUGCUACACCUCCGUGCUGAAGCGAGCCAUCAGGACUCUGUGGCUUGUCCUGGAUGGCAUUGACCAGAUGUGGGUGCCGGUGCAUCGGACCUGGCGUCUCAAUGAGCGCCACUAUGGAGGCCUGACAGGGCUAAACAAGGCUGAGACAGCUGCCAAGCAUGGAGAGGCUCAGGUGAAGGUGUGGAGGCGUUCGUUUGACAUCCCUCCUCCCCCCAUGGGUCCAGACCAUGACUUCUACACUAUCAUCAGCAAGGUAGGACAUGAUAUCAACACAAUAGAGACCUCACAAUAGAGCUUUGGUGGCUGAUAAAAGCAUGUCUGGUACAUGUUGAAACACUUGAUAAACUAGCAAGCGUAACAAAAGGAGGCAUGGCUCGAGCUGAGAGAGAUCAGCAGAAGCGUGGAAACAGUGAAUAAAGCUCAGGUGUGUUUAACUUUAGGUUCACAGUACAGUCAGCUUGAAUUUACUAAAUACAUUUUUCUGUAAUCCCAGACCUAAAACCACACACUGAAGGUCUAGCCCCUCUUUUGUUUGGUUGUAUACGCUCCGGUGUUAUUACCUAAUAGUACGUCCAAGAUGAGUUAAUGUAUCACUGCCAAGAGUGAGUCCUGAUAGGCUCAAGUUCAAAGUUCAGAGAGUGGAGAAACAAGCUAGUCAGACUCAGUAAAGACAGGAAAGAAGAUGCAAUCGAGAGACUGAAGCCUUUGGUGUCCACAAAUGCAGUAAUAUUUAAGAUAUGUUGGUAUGUUUCUUAAAGAUUAAAACCUCAGUGCAGGAGGCCACCUAUCUUACUGAGUUCAAGAUAAUGUUGUCUGCAUAAAAGAGGGUAUGACAACCGUUCAAAGGAGAAAUUAUGUUUUUCAUGCAGAUGGUAAAUUGAUCGUAGUGUCACGCCUUUUGUCCAGAAACAAAAAUUUAAAAACCCUUUCUUUUGCCAAAUGCACAGUGUGUUUCCACACAGGAUUUUUUCAGAUCUUUUGGCAUGAUGUUUUGACAUAUGGGCCAACAGUAUACAGCAGUGGCUCUCAACUGGUGGAUGCCGACCCAGAAGUGGGUCGCGGACAUGUUCUGGAUGGGUCGUGAACAGCUGGUUAAAAAAGCACACAGUAUAAAAACAAUAUAAUACGGCCCACUAAAAGAACUUUAAAUAAUGAAAUGUACCAUUCUAAAAGAGAACUUAACCUUCCUCUCAUCCACACAUCACUCAUGUAUUGCAGAUAUUGUUGUUUAACAGCCUGGUGACCCAGGAGUAAAAAGUGUUCCUGAGCCUAUUUGUGCAGUGCCUCCAGACUCUAUCUCUUUCCGGAGGGCAGCAGGGCAAAGAGGUUGCGGCCAGGAUGGGAUGGGUCAUUUAGAAUUCUCCUUGCCCUGCUGAACCCCCGAGAGUCUGCAAUGUCCACCAGGGAGGGCUGGGGGCGGCCGAUGAUUUUCUGUGCCCGUUCUAUGACCCCCUGCAGGGCUGUCCUGUCUUUAACUGUGAGGCCAAUGUACCAGAAAGUGAUGGCAGUCAUGUGCUCUGAAACGCAUGUUACUCAAUAAAAUAGGUGUAUUGAUGUCAAAGAUUUGAGUCUUUAAAGGUUGUUUUUAUAAUAGACAAAUGCUUGUUUUGAAUUUUAUAAAAGUGGGCCACGACUUAAGGACCAUGGGAAAAUGUGGGUCCCAGAAUAAGACCAGUUGAGAACCACUGGUAUCCAGUAUAUGUUAAGAUUUUCCCUCCUGCAGGACCGUCGCUAUGCUGACCUGACAGAGGACCAGCUGCCUUCCUGUGAGAGCCUGAAGGACACCAUUGCCCGGGCCCUGCCUUUCUGGAACGAGGAGGUGGCUCCCCAGAUUAAACGGGGGAAGAGGGUGCUCAUCGCUGCCCAUGGGAACAGUCUGAGGGGGAUUGUUAAGCACCUUGAGGGUGGGUGGUGUUACAACAAAGUUUCUGCAGUUAUCUUCAGUGAGCUGGUGACACUAGUGUUAACAUAGGCUGGGCUUUAUAGCUCAUUUAUUUUCCCCAUGUUUACUCUGACUCUCUGCUUUGACUAGUUGUUACUGGAAAAAACAAUUUUAACUGUUUAAAUUUUGUAUUGUCUUUCCACUUGUAGGAAUGUCAGAUGAAGCCAUCAUGGAGCUAAACCUGCCAACAGGUAUCCCCAUCCUCUACGAGCUUGACAAGAACCUGAAGCCCUUGAAACCAAUGCAGUUCCUGGGAGACGAGGAGACCGUUCGCAAAGCCAUGGCGGCCGUGGCAGCUCAGGGGAAGGCCAAGAAGUAG